UGCUUUCUGUUGCCCGUUCGCAAGUCCGUUUGCGUAACAGCAGGGCUUUAGGACCCAGGGGCGGAGCGCUGCCCCUCCAGCUGCUGCAGUCACUAGCGAGGAAACGGCACGGAGGGUUUCGGCACCAGCACCAGCACGAGACCCAACUUUGUGUGGCGUUUCAUCCCGUAGAAGAAAGGGCCCACCACCACCGUACGUCCCCCCCCCCGCUCCGUAAGAGGCCUUCCCGGGGGAGUAGAGCAUUCGGUGAGCCGCACCACACCCGCGGCAAGUGAAGGAUUCGCUAUCUAAAAAAAAAAAAAAAAAAAAGCGUUCAAGACAGCAUCAGGUGAAGAGUUUUAAUAAGAUGCAGAAUUUUUCAUCUGGCAUGGCCUAUUAAUUUUCCUGUUAAAAAUAGAUUCGCUGGUUGUAACAAGGCUACAGUUUCUCUUUCCAGUGGAGACCCAGAUAUUCUUUCUUCACAUGCAGCGCACUUUGGAGGUUAGAACUGUGGGAGCAUCUUGGAGUUUUACAGUCUUUUUUUGAACACACUGCAAUGUCAUAGAAUUGCCAUCUAUUGAAGUGCACAAAAGUGGAACAUUGUUUGUAGAAACGUGAGAGUUGCUCAACAAAACAUACCUAUGAUGUGAGUUGAGCUGAGGGCGCAGCAUUUGAGCGGGUGGUACAGGAAAAAGAGGGAAGACCACUGCUUUGGUUGUCCUGUCAUGAUCACGGCUGCAUCACUGUACAGUGGUGUACACGAGUGGAGCGGCACGGAGAGGAACCGGAUGUGUGGAGUCAUUGAGGAGAGUAGAAGAGCAUCACUUACAGAGGAUAAUCUAAAGAAAAGCAUUUUACAGCUCCAUAGCUCCACAGAAUGUUGUGUUAAAAGUAACGGUAGCAAGGUAGAACUCUCGCAAAUGAAUUAUGGUGUUCAGGCCACAGGGCAAAAAGAUGAUGGAGCUUUCAGGAAGGAAUCUCAGGGUAAAAACAAAGGCCCUGUACCUUCUGAUCCUCAGAGACCUGCAUCUGUGGGCAAACAAACACACCUAUUUCAAACCAGCCAGCAGGUAGAGGGGAAGAGUGUACUGGAUGUGUUUUUGGGUGGUGACUCUGGUGUUCAUGAUAAACAGAGCAAUAAUAUGGAACCACAGAAAAAUGUAAGUGUUUCUGAAAGAACUACAGAGAGCAAGGUUGAUGCCUUGCCUUCCCAGGUCAAGUCUUUGGAAGCUGGAUUACCAGAGCAAAAAAGACCAGUGCCAGCUUCCACUGUUCCGUUUAUCAGACAACCUUGGCAUGGACAAAGUGUAGAUGGAAGUUGUGCUGUGACCCAUCAGAAUUGUACUACAGUGAAUCCCGUAAUUGUGAGUCGAAAGUGCCUGCCUCCAUCUCAUGCACAUACUUUACCUUUUCUGCAGGGAGUGUCACGGGGCCAACGCUUUGUGUAUGUACCAUCUGCAAGCUGUAACCAGCCACUCAAUAUGAGCUUUCCUACUGCCUUGAACUCAUCACAUUCUUCAGCACCACCACCACUGUUAACGGGCUUUGUGCCAGACAAGUGUUUUCACAACUCUGGCAGCAACACAACCCCAGAAGUCACUGCUACUACAACCCACCACCACCAUAUCAUCAAAAAGUGUGCAAAUCUGGACCAAAAUGUAGUUUCUCUUGAGAAAAAUCGACUGUCUAGCAAAUCUCCAUCCCUUUUAUCAUCUGGUGACAAGAAUCACAAAACGUCUGAUCAUCGUUCAGCAUGCAUUAAGUCUCCCUCUCCAUUUAAUUCAGCACUCACUCAGGCAUUACCUGCUCAACCUCUGAUGCCUUUCUCUCACAGCACUAAUCUGAAUUAUCCAAAUGUCAGUCCCUGUUUCAAGUUGGCAGGUUCUCGAGAACAAAGCCUGGUUCACCAGCAAACCAACAGAACCAGUGUUCAGUAUUCCCCACUUAAGUCACCCCCACAGCUGGAGAGAGAGAUGGUGUCACCACAGGAGUGCAUCGACAUGCCACUUGACCUGUCUUCCAAGUCCAACAGACAUGCAUCUGCUCCAAAACCAUGCAGGACGCCACCCAUGCCAGUGCUAACACCAGUGCAUAUCACUUUAAAGGCACAGUCUCCCGCUACACAUACUGUAACAGAACAUGGCUCACAUGGAAUGCAUCAGAGUGGCUGUGCCAGUAACAGUAUUACAGGGAAUCCUGCUUCACCGCAUUCUUUUGUUAUGUUUUCAGACUUCUUGAGGAAUGGUGCUAAUUCACAGAAGUCAGGUUUGGAUUCUGCAGUGCCACCUCUGCUUGAUGCCUCAGGUUCUUGGGAUAAAAAUUCCACCACUUUGAUAAGUACGAUUCCAGGUGCAUAUGUGGGUGUGGCCAGUCCAGUACCAGCUGCUGUACUGUUGAGCAAGGAUACCAAUGGAGCCUUUGGUACUGAUGUCAGAAGUUUAGCUAAGCAAGAACCUAUUUCCAUUGUUGACCAAGGAGAACAGGUAGAUGGAGCAGUUGAGAGCAAGAAAGUACAGCGAACCAACAAGGACAGUGCACAAACUGCUGUCAAAAGAAAUCUGGCAUGUGGAUUCUCAAAUGGGUCUGGACUUUUCCUCUCCAAGGAUUCUAUUUUUCAGAAUUCAUCAGGUUCUGGCACUGUUUACACUCGGCACCCUUUUAUAAAUGGAAGGCCAUCUGGGCCUCAGGGUUCAUCUGUUGAUUGGACUUCAUUUCAUCCAAUAGCAGUGCUGACAAGUGGUGCUUCCCAAGUGGAACAGCUGCGACAGAAUAUCCGAGCUUCUCACAAAAUGUUGUCCAGCCCCAAUGACUGCAGCGUUUUAUCAGACACUCAGCAUGCUGACACCUCUCUUGUUUUACAUAAAGCUUUAAAAGAAGAUCCUGUUGAAGAACAGGAAAGGGCAGUGGGGUCACCAUUGCCUAAUGCUGAGUUAACAGUAAAAGGCAAGGAUAGUGAUCCUCUGUCUAAAAGCAAAAAAGUUACUUUGAGCAGGUCAUUAUCAGAAUCAGGACUGCCUGAUAGUCAUGAUACAUCGACUGUCACAGACUUAGGAUGCUCUUUCAGUAGUGGUGAUAAUGUGCAUUUAAGUAAGCCGGAUCCUAAACCGCAUUGCAAUCAUUCGACAAACAGUCACCCUAAAAAGAAAAAGUCAAAGAUUGUCAGUGCUCAGAAGACAGAUAGUGAGACACAGCACAAGGAAGAAUGUGUGGUUAGUCCAGUACCAGCUGGCAGUUCUCUGAGUAAGGGUACUGACAAGGUAAGAGACAGGGUUUCUGAAGCAUCUGUUAGCAGCCUUGUGCCAGACUUACGGAAAGUGAAGACUGAACCAAAGGACUGUGAUGAAACUUUGCUUUUGCCUUUUGACCCUAAAAUAGAAGGGGUCAUAGCAAAGUCAUUAAAAAUUCAUACUGACAAAGGACUGUCCAACCUAACCAAGAAAUCCAAAUCUCCAUCAGAAAAGAGUAAACCACCUUGCCGGUCCAUAAAGUCAGACUCCGAAAAGCAUAGCAGUAAACUGUCAAAAUCUGAUAAAAAGAAAUUGAAAUGUCUGAAACAGGAAGAUGAGGAAGUUGCUACUAUUUUACAACAUGAUCUGGCAAUAAGGAAGUUGAAAAAACGGCAAUCAAGUGUGGCUGUAUCUAGUACAGAAGCAAGCCGUUUAGAUACAACAGCUUCAAGAGAGCAGGAAAUUGUAAAGAAGAAACGCAAGCGGAAGAAAAUACCAAAGAAAGGAAAAUGGCGAGAAGAAGAAUCUGAGCAAGCAGAGAAGAAGCAUAGAAACAACUUCAAGGAUUUUAUCCCAGUUGUUCUAAGCACCAGGACCCGAAGUCAAUCAGGGAGUGUUUGCAGCUCUACUGCACAUGUGGCUGGUGACUGUGAUGUUACUUUGGAAGACAAUGUGCUUUCCCAUAAUGAAGAAGAGGAGACAAAACCAGAGGUUUUGAGGGUAAGAAAAAGCCACAAGACAUCUGUCCGCAAGAGGAAAAAAAUCAGAGAGUUUCUGGAAAAAACAUCUUUCCCUUGCAAGAAAGUGAAGCAGGAGCCACAAGAAGUGCACAUUGGUGCAGGGGACUCUGGAAAAUGCUUAUCCACUGUCAGUUCUGAUGAGGAGGAGGAAGCAAAGGUAAUUAAGAGAAGAAAGAGGAGGCGAGAGAAAAGCAAGAAAUACUGUACUGGUGACUAUGUCACAGAGAAGGAUGAAGAUGAGGCAGAAGCAGAAACAGCAGGCUAUUCUAAGAAGAAACGGAUAGCUGGUGAAGAGUUCAAGAGUUCACAUGCCUUAAGGAAGAGGAAGCGGCGGUUACGUUUGAGUAGGUGCCUUGAGUCACAGUUCCGGUUAGAGGAUGCCAGCUUUUAUCGGUCAAAGCGUAAACACAGAGAUUGCAAACGGACUGAAGCUGAUGACCUGUUUGGGAAUUCUGCUUGCUAUCCAGAUUUAGAGAAGCCAUCUGGUAAACGAAGAUGCAAGACUAAACACUUAGGCGAUGCGAAGGAAAAGAGCAAGAUGAAGAAGUUGAAAAAACGUAGUUCCACAAAAGGAAGUAGCCUGUUCCCAAAGAAAUCUGCUGAGCAAAAACUGUUUGAUCGUCACAGGUCUACAUCUUCUCUUAGACACAAGUCAUCCCCUUCUGCUUUAACAGACAGUGCUACAGGGCGCUUGAUGCCUCCUGAAAUACGCAGGCUUAUUGUUAAUAAAAAUGCUGGUGAAACCCUCUUACAGCGAGCAUCACGACUUGGAUAUAAGGAAGUUGUCCUGUACUGUUUGAAGAAGAAUCUUUGUGAUGUUAAUCACCAAGACAAUGCUGGGUAUACUGCUCUGCACGAGGCUUGUGCACGGGGGUGCACUGACAUUGUGAAGGUGCUUUUGAACCAUGGUGCAGAUGUCAACUGUAGUGCACAAGAUGGAACUCGGCCCAUACAUGAUGCCGUUGUAAAUGAUAGUGUGGAUAUCGUGUGGCUCCUUCUUUCAUAUGGUGCAGAUCCCUCCCUUGCAACUUACUCUGGACAGACUGCCAUGAAACUUGCAAACAGCGAGACACUGAGAUUAUUCCUCACAGAAUACUUUGCUGACCUCAGAGGCCGCAGUGAAGAUGACCCAAAACUCUUCUGGGACUUCUACAGCAGUCGGGUGCUGGAAGGAGAUGCCAUUUCUGUUUGUGAAGAGCUGCUGAAUCCCACAGAAGGAAUUGAUCAGGAGGAGGAAGAAGAAGAUGAAGACCACCAGAAUGAGGAUGAUGACCAUCUGCUCUUUGAAUUUUCUGACCUGCCUCUCCUGCCUUGCUACAGUGUCCAGGCUUCUGUCUCUCAUGGGCCCUGUAAUUGGUUUUUGCUGGCUGAAGUACUGAAGAGACUCAAAGUGUCCUCACGGAUUUUCCAAGCUCGUUUUCCACAGUUUGAAGUUGUCAGUAUAACAGAAUCUGAGUUUUACAGACAAGCAAGUUACAGCCAGGUGCAACAACCACCCGAGGACAUUCAUGUUUCUGAUGCAGAAGAAGGGGGUGCUGUAGAGUUAGUGCGUUAUAUGCCAGAACUGCUAAAAUUGCUGGGGUCAACAGUGGAGUUUCUAAACCCAGGUGAAAAAGCAGAAACCAGCUGAUCCUUGCUGGCAAGGGGCUGUGUACUGAACAGAGACCACAUAUAGAUGUGUCAGCCCGCUGUUACAGGUUCUACUUAAUCAUUUACCCAUUUGGGGAAUUUAUGUUUUCAGACUUUAAAGGAAUAUGAAGAUUUCAGACUUUUCAGAGGUUUAAAUUUGCUGGCAUUUUUUUUCUUUUUUUCUUUUUAAUCAAGACAUGAUUGUUUUUUAAAUGUUAGCGUGAUACAUCCAGAGCCAAAAGAAGAGAGCACAAAAUGGGACAUUGAGAGAAUGGCACUAUCACCACUGGCGAUAACAGAAUUAAAUCCAGUAACUUUUCACUUCUUUAGUUCCUGAUGAGUGUGUGCAAAAUCCAGACUGCAAAGAUAUACAAAUGUAUAGGCACAUAUAUGUAUGCAUAUAUAUGUAGUUAUGUACAUACGUAAUGCGGCUGCAUACAUAGAGACAUAUUACUGUCGCCACUGUCUUUAAACCUAAGAGUUAUAUAUAUUUUUUGUUAAACUCAAAAUCUCUAAAUGUAAAAAAGAAGUUUGGGAAAAUAAAUUUGUCAAAUCAUAUACAAAAGAGGCAAGUGCUACAGUUCUUAUCUGCAUUGUCUUUUCAAGUACAUACAUGUAUAUAGUCUUGUAUACACAUAUGUAUGUCCAUGUAUACGUACUGCAGGAUUGCUGCUAAGUAUGUUGUGUGUUGUGCUCCAAGUGGUGCAUUGGUUGUGAUGUAGAAUGCAUAUAUCCACUCUACAUUUAAUACUCCCAUUUCACAUAGAACUAUGGUGGCUUCUGAUAAGAGGUGCUGAACCUCACUAGUUUGGCUAUUGCUUGUUGGAGUCGCAAGAUUUGAAACUGUUGAUAUUUUCUUUACUGGAGUUAAUACUUCUUGUAAAUAGUGAUGUCUUCACAUUCAAAUCCUAUAUGUAAACUACUGUGUAUUGAGAUGUACCAUCAGCAAAAGUCCGUACUUAUCUAGUGCAUGGUUGUAAAGUAAUUCACAUUGGUGGGCUUAGUGAUACAGGGUAUUUCAGCCUUUUUUGGCCUAUAUCCAAAACAAACCUUCUACAGCUGAACUUGUGGAACUCUCGCUGUUACUUCCCUUCAUUCAGACAUGCCAUGCAUCAAAUGACCCAGAGUAAACCAAUGGCUCUAUCAUUUGGUGGGAUAUAUUGUCCCAGGUUAUUUGAAGAUUUUGGCUGUAAACCAGUACAAUUUUAAAUGAUGGGUUCUGCACACUUCAGGAUCUAAGGGGUUAAAGAGUCAGUAGUAGUGUUUUUUUUUUUUUUUUUUUGGGUGGGGGAUAUGUGCCAUCUGUCUUUCCCUUUUUGUUUUCUACCUUCUUUCUCUCUGCUAAUUAGAAGUUGUCAUUUUCCAUCCAAGUUUCUGCUAACUCUAUAUAAGUUGUCUUGAAUCAGUACAGGUAAACAUGCUAGUUUACUGUUACUUACUGCACUUCUCUAAUGGCCUCUCCAUAGGGCCUGCACUUUUAUCUCAGAAUGUUUGGGACUCAUCUUCCUGAAAAGAAAAAAAUUCAGGGAGAAUAAAUGUUUUCACAAUACUUCAUCACAGAGGAGAUCCUGUAACUUUUGAUGGCUAGAAAGAUGCACUUUGACUCUUCCGACAGAAAAGCACCUGCAGUGGUUGCUAAGAAUUAUAUAUAGUAGUGUGUUGGCCCCCUUUUCCCUUUAGUUUUUUCUGUUUAUAGUAAAUUAUAUUUUUGAAACAAAAUGUAAUGGAACAUAACAGGCAAAAAGGUGAAAAGUAAAUGAAGUGAGUUGUUAUGCAGUAUAUAGGGUGUAUAGAAACCUCUUUAUGAUCUUUUUUCUUAAUACUUUUUCAAGGAGUAUUUUGAACAAAAUGGUACAGUUUUAUUGUACUGGUGCUAAAACUCUAGUGUUGGACAAUCUCUUGCUUAUUUGGAUCACAUCAGCAUUUAAAGCGGCGAAUGGUGUGCAUACGUUUGGCAGUUUUUUGGGGUUUUUUUUCCUAUUUCUAGCAGUGCAUCGACACAUUUCAGGAGGUUUGAUAGCUGUCUGGUGUAAUAGUCUUAGGUCACCCAUGAUCCUAAAUUGAGUAAAGCAGGUUUUGAAAAUGCAUGGAUGGAUUUGUACUCCACAGCUGACUAAUAUGCAUAAUGUUUUCUGCCA